AUGGCGUCUCAGCUUAGCUACUUGCAGCAGGAGCUGCUAAGGGCAUUGCUAGAGUCAGGUGUCACUAAAGAGACUAUUACCAAAGCCUUGAGUGAUAGCGAUGGUUACCAGUAUCCCAGGGAUCCCCUGGAUGACAUAAGUAGUCUGGAAGAUGGGGAGCAUUGUGUGCAGCUACCCAAUGGUCUUACGGAACCCCAUGUAACGGAAGAUGACAGUUCUGAAGAUGGUGGGGACUUCACGCCACCAAUUAUAAAGGAUUUGGAGAGACUAAGCCCAGAGGAGGCUGCCCAUCAGAAGGCUGUGGUGGAACGACUGCUGCAGGAGGAUUCAUGGCAUGUAGCCAAGCUAGUGAAAUCUUACUUGCAACAGCACAAUAUUCCACAGCGGGAGGUGGUAGACACCACAGGACUCAACCAGUCUCAUCUCUCCCAGCACCUCAACAAGGGGACUCCCAUGAAAACGCAGAAAAGGGCAGCACUGUACACGUGGUAUGUGGCAAAACAGCGAGAGAUAGCAAGGCAGUUCACACAUGCAGGGCAAUCUUUGAUGACCGAUGACAUUUCCUGUGAUGAAGUGCCAAAUAAAAAAAUGAGAAGGAACCGCUUCAAGUGGGGGCCAGCUUCACAGCACAUCCUUUUUCAGGCAUAUGAAAGACAGAAAAAUCCCAGCAAGGAGGAGCGUGAAGCACUUGUAGAGGAAUGUAAUAGGGCAGAAUGCAUACAAAGAGGAGUAUCACCAUCACAAGCACAAGGACUGGGCUCUAACUUAGUGACAGAAGUGAGAGUUUAUAAUUGGUUUGCUAACAGACGCAAGGAAGAGGCAUUCCGGCACAAGUUAGCAAUGGACACAUACAAUGGUCAGCAGAGCUCCACACCUACCCUAACGGCACAUGAUUUGCCUCCAGCCAAGGGCAUUCGGUACAACCAAGACUCCUCCAGUGAGCGAGGGAUUUCCAUGGUGAACAACCAAAAUGGUCUGUCUCCAUCCAACUUGGACCACAGCCACAGUCUUAUGAGCAGCGAAAGCAAAUUAAUUCCAGUAGUAGGGGGCUCCCUUCCACCCGUCAGCACGCUUACUGCUCUGCACAGCCUGGACCAUGGACAGCAUACAAUUGGACAGACACAGAAUCUCAUCAUGGCUUCACUUCCCAGUGUCAUGACAAUUGGCACUGAUGCAGCACUUGGACCAGCAUUCAGCAAUUCUGGACCAUCAACAUUAGUGAUAGGUCUUACAUCCCAGUCUCAAAGUGUUCCUGUGAUCAACAGUGUAGGCAGCAGUCUGACGACGUUACAGCCUGUCCAGUUUCUCUCAGCAAAUCCAUGCUUCACACCAGCAGCCAAUAGUACAACAGGUCCAGGGUCACAUGACACAAAACCCCUUCAUGGCCACAAUGGCUCAGCUCCAGUCUCCACAUGCUCUGUACAGCCACAAAUCAGAUAUUGCCCAGUAUGCAUCUGCUAG